CACGCGAUUCAAUUUCCGCGAAAGCCAUAACAUAGUCGUGCAGUCUGUUUCGCAGAAUUCGAAAUAUACAUUGAGGCGAUGCUUUACGUAUCGUGUAAAAAAUCGAUUGUUGCUUGGCUUGAUACAACUCGUUAAACAAGAUAUAAAAUGUCUGUGGUGCUUGAGAACAGCAGGGGCUGGGUGUUGGAUGCGUGCUCACUCAUUGAUCAGAGCUGUUCGCGUUGCAUCCGAUGGAAAGACAAUCAAAAAUCCUAUGUCAAGUGUUGUUUCAAAUGGCACCAUUUUCAAAUUUUAAAAAGUCAUUAUGGUGAAAAAGAAACUGCUGCAAUGGACGCAGGAGACGCGGGUACGUUGCAGCAAGCUGACAAACCUUCCAAGAAAAGGAAACGAAAGCGCAGUGAACUCAACCAGGGAGAAAUUGAUUCACAAGUCUUUCACGAAAAGGUCAGGUCUGUCAUCCUGGAAGGAACCAAGUCUCUGGUGGAACCAGCCCAAGCCUGUGGAUAUCUAAACAGAGUUACAGACACAGUGAAAGACCCUCUUCCGUCCCAUGAGUGCCGACUUGCUGCUCUUUGUGACAUGGCUAAAGAGCUUCCUCUGGGGGAACAUCUGGAGCAGGAGGAGCACGCUCAGGUCCUCGUCGCUAAGGACGGCUCUGCAUCCCAUGUCGACUUGUUCUCCCGGGUAACAGAGAGCAGGACAGACUGUGCCACAGUUGUCACGCUGAUGGGAGAAGAAUAUGUAAUACCAGCACACGCAAGCUUCCUGCUGUCUGAUUUCACGCAGAUACAACCUCUGGUCCUCUACGAGAAGAAGUUUGACCUGAUAGUUAUGGACCCGCCUUGGCAAAACAAGUCUGUGAAAAGGAGCCGACGGUACAGUUCUUUGCCCUCGUCCCAGCUGAAACGCCUCCCCAUACCCCUGCUGGCCUCUCCCAGCUGCUUGGUGGUCACCUGGGUCACGAACCGGCCCAGCCACCGGCGUUUCGUCCGUGACGAGCUGUAUCCACACUGGGGAGUGCAGGUCGUAGCCGAAUGGUUCUGGGUGAAGGUGACCAAAUCAGGAGAGUUUGUGUUUCCGCUGGAUUCACCUCACAAGAAGCCGUAUGAAGUACUGGUAUUGGGACGAUGCCGUCCCUCUGCAGACAACUCCACGAGCUCUUCAGAGGCUCCUGUAGAGGAUCAGCGUUUGAUUGUCAGUGUCCCGUCAGCUCUUCACUCCCAGAAGCCUCCUCUCGCUGAGGUGCUGAAGUCGUACGUCGGAGCUGAGGCCGAGUGCUUGGAGCUGUUCGCCCGAAGCCUGCAGCCGGGCUGGACCAGCUGGGGCAACGAAGUGCUGAAGUUUCAGCACGUUAGCUACUUCACUGUGGCGCCGGUGGACGAUCCAGCAGACAAAGCUGCAGCCGCAGCAGCGUCCAGCUCGUCUGGAGGAUCGUCUCCUGCUUGACACCGUGGACUGAUGUUUAACACUUGUCACAUCACCGUUUUACUGUCUUCCCAAUAAAGAUUCAACACAAAUCCUUC